GAGGGGGCGGCUAGGGUUUUGGAGGGAGAUUUGAUUUAGAAGGUUUAUGUAUUCAAUAGCAUGAGGUGUUUUAGGGUUAAGGGAUUAUGCUUUGAUUGAUUUUUUUUUUCUCUUGAAGUUUCUUUGGCAUCUUGGGCUCUAAACUCAUCGUCUAGAGAUUGGGAGGGAAUGAUCCUUCUCUCGAAUUAAGGAUCAAUUGUAUCUUGCUUUGUGUUUGUUUUUGCUUUGAAUCCACUAUUUAAAUCUAUUGUUUUGGAUUGAUUUCAUUGAGAUUAUCUCAUGGUUUCCGCUGUUUUUAUAAAUUAUUGCUAGGAUUGCUUGUGAACUCAAGUAUUUCCUCUUGGAUUACUUGCGAACUUAAGUAUUUCCUAUCAGAAUGAUCUCUCUCUGCCCCAGGAUCUGGAGAAGUGUUGGCUGCUGUCCUAAACUUUUAGGUGGUGGAUUCCAAGGGUGCUGGAUUUCAAGAAGGAAGGGGACAUUACAGUGAUUGAAGUUCAAUGUGUUCCUACAGAUUUUCAUGCUAGAUUCAGAGCCCUGGAGCGAACGAGCACCGUUUAAAUAUACCAAAGGUACAUCCAUUUCCAUUUCCAUUUCCAUUUUCUUUUAUCGUGGGCAGGUACAUUGCUUCCCCAGCCAAUACCAUACAGGGGUGACUCAUGUACUUUUCAUGUACUUCUAUAGAUUGCUCUCUGGAUCAGAGGAGCCCUUACCAGUGUUUGAGAAGGACCGUGCUUGGCAUGUGUUUGAGCAACUAGAUCUUAUAGCAAUCAAGAAGGCAUGCAGCAUACUUGUUGGCCAUCAUGAUUUCAGUUCAUUCAGAGCUGCUGGUUGCCAGGCAACUUCUCCAGUAAAAACAUUGGACGAACUUGCUCCUGAAACAUGCACUACUGAAAGUAAUGGAUCAUUUGGGGAAAGAAGUAGGCAUCGUUGUUUCGUAAUAACAGCAAGAGCGCGUUCCUUUCUUUACCACCAGGUCAGGCUGCUUGUUGGUGUACUAAAACGUGUUGGGACUGGUGAGCUGACCGUUGAAGAUGUGAAAAAAAUCUUGAAUGCAAAGACGGUGCAAUCUGCAAUUCCGAUGGCUCCUGCUUGUGGUCUUUAUCUUGGGAAUGUAAAAUACCAUUUUUCUUAACUCAUGAUCAUCAGCCAUAUCGCAGCUAAGCCUUCCGGCUGUUUUUCUCACAAUUCAUUUCUUUGUUUAUUUAGAUUUCUAGGCGGCACCAAAUUCAGGUAUUUGCGAUGCUGAUUUUCUGUGUUUUAGCCAUUUGCGUGUCUAUUAAGCAAGGAAUUUGUGAUGUAACUUUAAUUAGAUAUGGUUAAAUUAUAAAAAUUUUGAGCUUUUUUUUUU